UCAAUCUAAAGCGUUAAACCGCUCCAGCCAGAGUCAUUAGUCAAGUCAUUAGCUUGCAUUUUAUUUUUAUGAUUUGAAAGAGCCAGCCAUACUGACUUAGUUAUUGAAUUGCUCUAUGAUUGGCCUGCCUAUGCCGUUCGGGGUCGUUACAUUUUCUGCGCCACGCCCACGGUUAGACUAUACUUCCCAGAAGACUUUCAAAGACAACAUUUGUUUUCGUUUUCCUCUUCGAACAUGUCGACUGUGAAAAAUAUUUCAGUGACAUAUGAUGCCAUCAAUGAAACUAACACCUUUUCCAGCGGAGAUUCUAUUUCGGGACGGAUAACAGUAGAAUUAGCAAAGGACUGCACGAUCAAAUCUCUGUCAAUUAAAGCCAAAGGGAAGGCAGAAGUUUUGUGGACAGAGAGACAUGGUCAAACUACUGUAGUGUACCAUGCUAAAGACAAGUACUUUAGUAUGAAACAUUUUAUCAUUCAAGAGGAAAGGGAAGAAGGAAGUGACUAUCAAACCGUAACAACGGAUGAAAGUGGAAAAGCAUAUUGCAAUGUGCUAGCUCCAGGGUGCCAUGUGUAUCCAUUCACAUUCCAGAUCCCUCCACAAGAGAUGCCAUGCUCCUUCAACAGCAGCACAGGUAAAAUUAUUUACAUACUGGAAGCCAGGUUGAGCAGAUCAAUGAGGAUUGACAGCAAAGCUGUAACAGAGUUCACCUUUUUCUCAAAGACUAACAUCAACAGCAUCCCUGAAAUAAUGAGUCCUCAACAUGGCUCAAAGGAUAAGAAGAUGAAGUUCUUCACCUCAGGCACAGUGGCCAUGGACAUCAACCUUGAGAGGAUGGGUUACUACCAAGGAGAAGGCCUAAAAGUGAUGGCCGCCAUUCAGAACAACUCCAGUCGUGAGAUUAAGCCAAAAUAUUUACUGUACCAGAAGCACAGCUUCUUUGCAAGGGGAAAGAGGAGGCUCAACACCAAAGACAUCCUGAAAGAAGAAGGAGAGCCAAUCUCUCCUUCCACUAAUAAGAACGUCACCAAGGUCCUCAACAUCCCUCCUGACAUUGGUGUUUCCAUCCUCAACUGCAGCAUCCUCAAAGUGGAGCACAGACUCAGGGUCUACUUGGAUGUACCCUACGCUACAGACCCAAAGAUCAAGUUCCCUGUGGUCAUCCUCCCUGCAGCCCAGGCUCCUCCUGGUCAGGGGGAUCUGCCUCCACCUUACCCAGGAUUUGGUGUGGAUUCCUUUGGGAACCCAAACCAGCCUUCAUGGAACAGCUCACCUUCUGCUCCACAGUACCCAGGAGCCUCACAGUACCCAGGAGCCUCACAGUACCCAGCAGGGAAGCAGUUCCCAGCAGGGCAGCAGAACCCAGGAGGGCAGCAGAUCCCAGGAGCACUGGUGUUCUCAUCAGCCCCACAGUUCCCAGCAGCCCCACAGUUCCCAGCAGCCCCACAGUUCCCAGCAGCCCCACAGUUCCCAGCAGCCCCAGAGUUCCUAGCAGCCCCACAGUUCCCAACAGCCCCACAGUUCCCAGCAGCCCCACAGUUCCCAGCAGCCCCACAGUUCCCAGCAGCCCCACAGUUCCCAGCAGCCCCACAGUUCCCAGCAGCCCCACAGUUCCCAGCAGCCCCACAGUUCCCAGCAGCCCCACAGUUCCCAGCAGCCCCACAGUUCCCAGCAGCCCCACAGUUCCCAACAGCCCCAGAGUUCCCAGCAGCUUCAGCCUCAGGCACCUCUGGACCCCCACCAAGCUAUGGAUCCGUUUACCCAUCCUUGUUUGAUUAUGAACAUAAAUCAUAAUGAAAUAGGUACUUUUUUACCCUUCAUAAACACUGCUCACACAAUAUUGCGGCAAAAAAGCCCCCUCAUUAUGCCGGCUUUGCUUGUUAACACUAAACCAAACAAAGCCGGUAUAAUACCGCCUUGUGUGUGAUUUUACAUUUAGUCAUUUAGCGGACGCCCUUAUCCAGAGCAACUUACAUCUCCCCGAGGCAAGUAGGGUGAAGUGCCUUGCCCAACGUCAUUUUCCAUGGCCGGGAACCGAACCGGCAACCUUCUGAUUAAUAGCCCGAUUUCCUAACCGCUCAGCCAUCUGACUCCUCAUUUUCGAUAGCACGCCGGUGUUCAGGAAUCCGAGGCACGACGUUGGUGACCACCUCUGCUGGUGUAAUGGUGCCAGUACAAGAAUGAUUCCCCAUUCCUUGUUUGUGCCUUUUAUACAGGAAUGCGAGGCGGCACAAAGAAACAAUUUUCGUCUUCAUGACGCAUUUUUUGACUGAUGCGACUUAUACUCCGGAGCAAUUUAUAGUCCGAAAAAUACGCUAUUUGCUUUUAUACAUCAGUGAAUCUCACUGUUUAUAUCUCAUUGUUUUAAUUUCAUCUCAUAAACACUAGUUUGUGUAUGUUGUAACUCUUGGUUUGUGUUCAAAUUUGGGUUAGGGUUAGUUUUGGGUUAUUUUCAUAAUAUUCCUAUUCAAUAUGUAUAACAUGCUGUAGGUGCUAUGUUAACCCUUGUGCUGCCUUCGGGUCACAUGACCCAAAGGUUCAUAACGAACCAUCGUUGUGUUUACCCAAUUUUACCCAAUACAAAAACAAAUAAAAAUAAUUUUAUUUUAACCUUCGCAAUGUGGGGGGUCUAAGACAGCCCAACGGUUAAAAGAAAAUGCUUCACUUUGUUUUUGUAUGCGGUAAAGUUGUCGCAAUACGAUGGUGGGUCACAAUGACUGAUGGGUCAGAAUGACCCGAAGAUAACACAAGGGUUAAGGUACGUCUCAGAACUGAUGUUUGUGAUGGAAUUCAAAAUACCGUCGACUAUAUGAAAGUGUAUGCAUGUACAAAAUAAAUAUAUAUUUGUAUUAUCAUACAAAAAUGUCACUGAAAAUCACAUUUAUUCGGGGCAAGUUUAAGGUUGUUGUUAGCUUGACCACUGAAGAGCAGUUCCAGAUACUC